AUGAGUUCCCAGAGUGUAAAACACAUCUCAGAGUGCUUUGUCCAGCCACAGCAUGCUUCAGAUGAAUCAAAGCAGCCCUUGUACUUGGCACCCACCGAUCUUGCCAUGCUCUCUGCCCACUAUAUCCAAAAAGGUCUUCUUUUUGCCAAGCCUCCAGAAGCCAUGAAUGAUCACAAGAAGGCAGAUUUCAUUAAUGCUCUGCUGAAAAACUCAAGCACUCUCUCUCCCUGGCCCUUGUUCAUUUCUACCCACUUGCAGGUCGCCUUGCAACAAAGAAAGAAGAAAACCCACCUCUCUAUUUGA